GGGCACAACCAAAGGAAAAGAAAUAAAUUGUUGCAAUUCCAGAGCAAGAGUUUUUGUGAUGGAACGGCAACCAAAAAGUUCUUCUUUGAGGCAUAAGCUCUCUUUCCAGCAGCAGUCCAGCAACAGUAGAUCUUCUUUCAUGCUGAAUUUCCCCUGCUCUGAACAUCAGAAAGAUUUGGGACUGUCAAACCAUACAACUGAUACUGUGGUAGCUAUGGACGAAUUAAUUUGGGCAGCAGCAUGGUUGUACAAUGCCACAAAGCUUGAAAAAUACCAGAACUACAUUUUUCAGAACAUGAGCAAACUGGAGGCCUAUUUUUCCAAUGGUAGCUUUUCAGAAUUCGGGUGGGAUAACAAACAUGCUGGUAUAAAUGUCCUCAUUUCUAAGUUGAACAUGACUGACACAGAGAGUUCUCACCUAUUUCUUUCCAAUGCCGAUAAGUUGGUGUGUUCAUUGUUGCCCAAUUCAGGGACCUCAAGUGCCUCCUUCUUACAAGGUGGGCUUCUUUUCAAACAAGGCGGAAGCAGCCUAGAACAUGCCACAGCUCUAUCGUUCCUUCUACUGGUCUAUGGGCGCACUUUGGGUCAAACCAGGAGACAAGUCCAUUGUGGUGAGACGAUCGUUACUCCUGAAAGGCUUACAGAGUUCGCAAGAGGCCAGGUGGAUUACAUUCUAGGAAACAAUCCGUUGGGCAUUUCGUUCAUGGUUGGAUAUGGGAAGAAAUACCCACAGAGAAUACGCCAUAAAGGAUCUUCACUGCCAUCCAAGUCGACACACCCAAAGCGCAUUGAUUGUAAGGAAGGAUUAUCUUAUUACAACAGCUCAGAUCCCAAUCCCAAUUUGGUAAUUGGAGCUGUGGUUGGAGGACCUGAUAUCAACGGUGUAUAUGAUGAUUCUAGGGAUUCAAUGCACUCGGAGCCAAAAAUGUAUAUUAACGCCCCACUUGUGGGUGUUCUCGCAUACUUAAAGAUUUAUCAAAAGAGCAGAUACCUUAACCUUGUGGGGCGGGGACCGGUGCUGCCGCUGUGGCAGGAUUAUUGUGGUGGAAGGGGAGUCACCGGCGGACCAAUUGUUGGAGAAGAAGAAGCCCAGAGUAAAUCAGCUACAAGAGCAAGCACCAAGAGCAGGACGCAUCCCAAAAUCAAUCUUGUAGUUGCAGAAGUAUGCUUUCCCGUCGUCGGCCUCGCCAUUGAAUCCAAUCAAUUCUCAUUCAUUCCUCAAGAUCAUCAGAAACCCACUCCAUUUGUCCUCUCUACAGAAACUUUUCUACUUAAAUUGGAACAAGAUCCACCGCCACUGCCUUGCUUGGAAUGAAUUUUUCCAUCAAUGGUAAACUACAAUGCUAUAAGUAAAAUGUACGACAUAACAUAAUAUUAACUGAGUGAAUGUAUUCAAUAUCAUACGCAUGUCGUAUUGUAAGUAAGCAUUGUACUUAAACAUUGUAGGUGAAUCAUUUUCCAGACUAUAAACCAAGUGGAAAAUGGAAAGGUGUUUCAAAACAUCAGGAAUCUGUAGAUUCUGUACAUGUAUCACGCUCCAAUUCUCUAUAAAAGCAGGGGACAGCCACACUCUUUUCCACCCAGCCCUAGUUUUACUUGAAACUUCUUAACAUGAGAAACAUGAACUAAUUAAUCAUCCUAUUAUAUCUUCUUUGUUUGGUCUCUCAAUUCAAUUCUCUGCAGUGCGUAAGAUAGACAUUUAGGCUAUU